AUGAAACCAAAUCAAAGCGCUCUGCCUCUCAGCGUCUCAGACAUCACUUCCUGUGUCAGGGGUUACACUCUGGCAAUGACAGCCUCCUUGACCUAUGAAAACAUCGAAGAUCACCCUGUCGAGGGAAUCUUUAUAUACCCUCUGGAUGAGUUCAGCGUGGUGGUCGGGUUCGAAGCGAUGAUUGGCAGCCAGAUAAUAACCGUGCAGGUCAAAGAUAAAAUGAAAAUCGAUGACUGUUACUUUGAUUGCUGCAAUGCCAAUGGAACCCCGCAGAGCGGAGGUGGACAUAUCGUUUUGGAUGAGGAUCAGGAGACGACAGUGCUGGUGGUCAGUCUGGGGGUCAUUCCCCCUCUGGAGACCAUUAAUAUACUGGUCAGCACCUCCUCAGAGCUCAGCACACUCCCUAAUGGGGGAAUUCGGGUGAGCUCACCACCCGUCUGCUCUCCAAGAGUCCAACGUUCUGUCAAAGAGGAGCAGGCGUUUUCACCCAGCACUGCUAGGAGGAGGGAUCAACAUCACUGUGCAGUGGGAACCCACGAGCAGACGGCCUCAGGAGUGUGUUUGGCUGCUCUGUUGGAGGAAGAGACCAUCAACUCUAUUGACUAUGAGUUUAAUUUCCAUCUUGAGAUCAGAGGGCCGUAUUUACUGGCAGGUGUGGAAAGCCCCUCACACGCCAUCCGGGCGGACGCUGAGCCCACGGCUCGCUCUGCCACAAGCAUUGUGGUCACACUGGCAGACAAGUACACCUACGACUGCCCUGUGGAGAUACUGAUCUACCCCAGUGGUGUGUAG